AUGCUGAGCUCAGGCCUGCGAAUUCCCCUCCUCCUCCUCCUCCUCCUCCUCCUGUUGCUCACAGCGAUGGAGCUGAGCUGGUCCCUUACAGAGGAGGACAAGAAGCUGAUUGUGGAUCUGCACAAUCAGUAUCGGUCAAAGGUUUCUCCUCCAGCUGCAGACAUGCUAAAAAUGAGCUGGGAUACAGAGCUGGAACCUUUUGCCAAAGACUAUGCAACGAAAUGCAUCUGGGAACACAACAAGGAGCGUGGCUGGCGAGGCGAGAACCUCUUUGCCAUGACUGGUGACUUGUCUGUGAAGACAGCAGUGGAAAACUGGUACGACGAGUACCAGCAUUAUAAUAUGACCACACUGACAUGUGCAGAAGGCGAGAUGUGUGGCCAUUAUACCCAGGUGGUCUGGGCAAGCAGCAAGCGUGUUGGCUGUGGGACAGAGUUCUGUAAAAACCUGGAAAUUCUGAAUGAGACCAAUAUGCACUUGCUGGUCUGCAACUAUGAGCCUCCGGGGAAUGUAAAGGGUCGUAAGCCUUAUGAGGAGGGAUCGCCAUGUUCCAUGUGCCCUGAUGGCUAUUCCUGUGAGGAUUCUCUCUGUGUGUCUAGUGUUGACUUGGAAGGAACCACUGCAUCCCCUGGGCCUACAGGACUGGAACCAACUGCCAUCAUGACCACAAGUCCCAAAUCCACCUCCAUUACAACAGGCCCAUCAUCCACCACAUCAGAAAGUCCCCAACCCCUCACAGAAGCAGAAACUGAAUUCCCCACAACCAAAAGGCCAACCUCUUCCCUAGAACCAACUUCAGACUUGGACCUUAACACAUCUCCGGAGUUACAGACAAAAGGGACUGAUGCCUCUUUGGCAACAGGGUUUACUCCUCACACGAAUUUGGACCCCACUCCUGCCUCCCCAGAAACAGGAACUACACAAGUCUUCUACUCAGAACUUCCUUCAACAGAUGGUUUAAUCACAUCCGAAGCCAACAUGAAAAAUGUCGAGCAGCCUCCAAGUACCACUGAACCCUUGCGCACCACUCUUAAGGCACUACCCACCACUAAACUGCCUCCUGCUCCUAAGAAGCCCCCUCCCUCUAAACUGCCCUCUCCCCAAAAGCCACCAUCUCACCCUAAGCCCAUCUACCAUAAGCCGCCCCCUCCCCCUAAAAAGGCCUCCAUUUCUAAGUUACCUGCAAGCUAUCGUUUGGCAGCUUAUUCCAAAGCAAUAAAGAAGCUCAAUCAUGCUGCUCAGUCCUCUUCAGGAAAGGCAGCUCACCUCUCUGUCUGUCUGCCCUGCCUUGGAUGUAAACAAAUUAGCCAGCCUGAAGAAAUAAAGACUGCUCUUAAAGAGCUGACCUUCAAAAACCCCUACACUUCUUGCUUUUCCCCACUUCCCCGGUGGCGGAGGCAUAGCAAAUGCGGCUGGUGUGGACGAACCUGGAGCCAUGCACUUACAAGGGCCAGCCCCUAUUGGCUGAAGAGUUUAUAGCACUAUAUAACCAAAUGUAUUUAUAUAGAGAGUUCUUCAUCUCUACAUGUGUAUGCAUGUAUAUGUGUGUCAAUGUGCAUGCAUGUAUUUUCCUUUCUGCGCUUCUAUGCGCAUGCCAGUCUGAGGGCCAAGCCCUGUGGGACUCCCAGUACCAGAAAACUCUGCAAAUUGUUGUACAAAGUUCUCUCAGUCAGGCAUGCAACAAUGCUGAAGGGUUUUGAAAUGGCUCUAUCCAUACCUGUUAUUCCGGCAACUGAAAAAGACUGAAGCCUCAAAUGAUCAUUCAAAUUCUCAAAUGAACAUUCAGCCCCUGUGUCCCUCUGAGUUUGGAAAAGGGCCUACUUGUUUGUCAUAAUGAGGGAAAUG